UAGAGUCACCAGUCGAGCCCUCAAAAGACCUUCACCGUCAGAAGAAGAAGCUAAACUACCUAAACCGACUUAUAAAAAGGUCAAUACCCGCGCUUAAAAAUCACCAUCCCGGGUCGGAUCUUCCGUGCAGAACCCGAUCCGGAUCCAUCCCGUACCGAUCAGUUUCACGACUCUGCUCCGGCAGUUGAAUAAAGCCAAGUGCUUUUCAAAAAAAAUUGAGGUAGGAAGAGGAACCAAAUCACCAAUGGAGAGAAGUGAACCCGUCGAUGAAGAUGUGCAGGCAUCUGAGUAUCUACAGAACGACGAGAUUCUUGAAAGAGAUGAUCCAAUGUCAGAUGGUGGAUGCACUUUACGGAUAGGUGAUGAUGAUGAAGCUUUAGUUUGUAGUAGUGAUCAUGAGAUUGAUGUUGGAUUUUGUCAAAACCAAGAGAGAAAGAGCGUGGAUAAUGCGACCACCGGAGAGUUUGAUGAACAGAGCGGUUUACUUGUUGAGAGAAAAGAAUUCGAAGCCCCUUUGGUUGGGAUGGAGUUUGAGUCUUAUGAUGAUGCUUAUAACUACUAUAACUGUUAUGCUACUGAAGUUGGAUUUAGAGUAAGAGUGAAGAAUUCGUGGUUUAAGCGGCGUAGUAAAGAGAAGUAUGGUGCGGUGCUUUGCUGUAGUAGUCAAGGUUUCAAGAGGAUUAACGAUGUGAAUCGUGUUAGAAAGGAAACUCGAACUGGUUGCCCUGCAAUGAUUAGAAUGAGGCAGGUGGAUUCUACGAGGUGGCGGGUACUUGAAGUUACACUUGNUUCGCUCUCAAGCUCAAGCUUUUAG